GCAAAUGGCAAAGGAAAUAGACGUGCGUCGUUUAAUAGAAGCAGUCCGCAAAAGGCCAGAACUGUGGGAUCCAAAGCAUGAGCAUAGCAAAAAUCGUACAUUAGCUCACAGAAGCUGGGAGGAAGUUACCCAAGAAAUAAAUCACGAUGAUGUUUCCCUGUGCAAGCGUAAAUGGAGAUGUAUACGCGACACUUAUCGUGGUCAUGUUCGUCGUAUCAUACAACAAAAGUUGCAUGGAAUGACGCCUGCCAAAGUCACGUGGUCUCAUUUUAAAAACUUGAGUUUCCUGAAAGAAUAUCAACGACCACGAAGAACAUUUCUGGAUACGGACAUAAGCGAAGACAUCUCUAGCGACUAUUUCGAUAAUACAGCUGAUGAUGAUGAUGAUGAUGGCAAAGACAAUGUUCAAAUCAUAAGUAAUGAGGCUGUUGCUGAUGAUGAUGAGGAUAUACCAGUUGAAGAGUAUCUAGGCAUAUUCACUCCCUAUGUACAGCCAGCAGUAAAUCCUAGUAGCUAUGAUGUUAUUAAAGUGGAAGAGCCUAGAGUUGGCACCACUGGUACUACUGCUACCGAAGUAUACACCAUAAGCGAUGAUGAGGAGGAUGUUAGGGUGGUGGACCAAGCUGCCGCUGGCGUCAGCCUAAAAGAUGAUAUUCUACUAGACGAUCUUUUGGCUGCAUCCGAUCUACAGACCGCAUCCAUAAAUGGUCAAAUUAUCUGGAGUAACGGGCAAGUCGCUCAGCUCAGUGCUAAGAAUGCCGAACGCCUUUCUUCUGCUGUUAUGGACAAAACAGCUGAUAAAGGAUUGAUAAUUGCCUCGGUUGCCAGUGGCGGCAAUGAUGUGAGAAUUUUUGCGAAUGAUGAUAUGGAACUUGAAGAUUACGGCAGUUUAAUGAAGUCUCAAAGACUUACCUCUGGUAACUUAGGCAUACAAAUGCCCUCAACUGAUAUGGCAACUACUAGUCAAGGUUCCACUGUUGCAACUCCACGAAUAGAAAUCCCCAUACAAUCCACUCCAGAGAAAACUACGCCUUUCCCAGAGCCUGGACCUGGCGAUUCAGACUAUGAUUUUCUGCAUAGCUUUUUGCCCUACAUGAAGAAAAUGAACGAAUUCGAAAAUCUUAGAUUUCGUUCCCAGAUGUGUGAACUUUUGCUAACAAUCAAAGAUCCCAAUGGCACUGAAAGUAGGCCGACUGCGUCGUGUAAUACGGUUAGAAGUAGUGCCGAAAAUGUUAUCAUCAAUGUGGCCACCUCCACAACUUCUUCAGAUACAGAUUGCGGCAUUCGCUGUGUGGCUUGGGGCGCCGUUCUGUUGGAACCACAUGUCCUCCAAGUCCAUAUCAUCCAAUUGGGGACAAAACCAAGUGAAAUGGACGCACGUCGUUUGAUUGAGGAAGUUCGUAAAAGACCAAAAUUAUGGAAUAUUCAAUACAGAAAGACAAUAGCAUCGCCAAAGGAAACAUACCAUUUAUGGCGAGAGGUGGCCGAUGCUUGCAAUGUGCUGACUGUUGACGAAUGCAAAUGUAAAUGGAAAAAUUUACGCGACAGUUAUCGUCGCUAUGUGAGUCGCUGCAAAAAGGAGGGAAAACAAUUUACCCCGAAAGGAAUAUAUUUUGACGAAAUGGAAUUUGUUCGAGAGCAGCGUAUUUAUAGAAAGUCUAAACCUAAGCCCAAUCAAAAUGAAAAAGCAAAACAAGGCUCUACUUCAGAAGCAAAUGGUCAAUCGCAAAAUGUUGGCGAAAUUAAAUGCGAGGCCAUAGAGAUCAGUGACAAUGAAGUCGCAUCUGAACUGGGGAGCUAUGAAGAUAAUGAUGAUUUAUCAAUGGAUAAAUUCCAGGAUAUACAGCAAAUAUCAGACGACAGUACUUCCUCACAACAUUUUAGUAGCAUAGACGAGGUGGUCAAUCAAUCGCCGGAAGAAAAUCCUAUGGAACAAAGAACUUUGGAUAGUUUGCUCAUCCCCACUGUAGCAGAUGGCGGGGAACAAAAUCUUGGCCAAAUUAAUCCAGAAACUUCAAAGAACAGUUUGCUCAUUUCCUUGGUAGCAGAUCAGAAGGAGCAAAAUAUUGGAGUAUUUAGUCAAGAAACUCCAAAGCCUAAAGAACACAAUCAGGACUCUGAGCUAAAUUUUCUCAUUAGCUUUCUACCUCACAUGAAGAAAAUGACUGAUAUGCAAAAUCUACAAUUUCGCGUUCGAAUGAGUGAAUUGGUAUGUAAAAUUUUGGCUCCAAGCUUAACACAGCAAACAUGAGAAGGAAACAAUUCUCAACACAAUCAUGGCCAUGGCAGCCGGUUGUACGUACCGGAUUGACUCGAUGGAGUCUUUCAUCGGCAAGGGCUGCUUCCUCAGUGUACAACACACUGCUACAACAACAAACAAUUCUCAAAAAAUUUAUAAGAAUAUAAAAAAAAUAAAGUUUUGUUACUUAAAGA